UAUCAGCAGAGAGGAAAAUAUUAGUGCCACUUUCACAUGGAGAAGCUCAUAAAGCUUUAGGAAAGAGGUCCGCAUGCUGGGCAGUUAAAGAAGCUGAGCAACAAUGAGCUGCAGUAACAUGCCACUAUCCACUCCUGAAUGUCUGAAGGAGAACAGAAUGCAGCCUUUCAACCAAUUUGACAAGGUGAGCCUUCACUAUCAGCCAACGCUUGGUGGGACGCUAGAAGAAAAUGGGGCAUCUCAGCAUCCCCACCAGCUUGAGGCACUGCAGCGGGUGGCAGGUUUGGACUUCCCAUUGGACAAGCUGUGGGAGAGGCUGGUGACCGGUCUCCCCGUGAAGCAGAAAGUGGAAGAGAUGGAAGCCCGGCAGAAGACCUUGGAGAAUAUUGUGUCAGUUCUGAGUCGGGAGCUGGGCAGAAGAGUGGAGCCCCCUGUAGAUACCCUCGGAGAGGCCAUGGCCAGGAUCCUCUACCUGGAAGAGAAGGUGGAACAUCAGGACUCACUCUUGGCGAUGAAGGAUGUAAUGAUCAGCAAUUUAGCGGCUCGGAUCCACACCCUGGAACAAACCACCUACGAUGGAUGUUUCCUCUGGAAGAUUUCAGACGUGGGGCUCAGAACUCAGGAGGCACUAACCAAUCACAGGCCUGCUCUUUACUCCCCCUGUUUUUAUACCAGCCGCUAUGGAUACAAACUCCGUCUCAAACUCUUCUUGAAUGGAGAUGGGACAGGCACUGGGACCCACCUCUCACUUUUUCUGGUUGUGAUGAAAGGGGAAUACGAUUUCCAGCUCAAGUGGCCUUUCCAGCACAAGGUCACCUUCACUCUUCUGGACCAAGUCAACAGACAUCACUUCUCCACCUCCUUCCGUCCCUUGCAGUCAUCGUCAUCCUUCCAGCGCCCUGUGAGUGAACACAAUGUGGCCAGCGGCCUUCCCGAAUUCUUCCUGUUGAACUUGCUCCAUGCUUCGGGGACCACCUACAUCUGUAAUAACACAUUAGCUAUUCAAGCUGUGAUAGAUACCAAGGUUUAGACUUUUGGGGAACAUUCACCUUACUCAACUGGAGACUGUAUUACCCGGGAACGGAUGGACAUAUUGCUAGAGACUGAUUCAGUGGUGGCAAGAUGGCUGCCUAAGAUCUACUGCUGCAUUCUGGAAGAUCAGUUUUCAGAGCUGAAGAAAAAAAAAUAUUUUCAAGUUGUUCCAAAAUUAUAUCCUUGCACUUACUUUUUAGAAGAUAACCAGAUUUCUUUUUGCUUUCUUAUUUUAAAAUAUAUGAAGGCUUGUAUAAAGCUGCAUUAACCUAUUGAAAUUUUU